AUAAUUAAGUGUCAUUCUCUAGCUAGUUAUCGCGUGGUUCAUGUUCGUUAAAGUCAAUUUAUAACUUUCACUUGCCAAAACAGAGCAAUCUAUAAAUUCUAUAUCUUCUUCCUCUUUACUUACAUAUUAAUUAUUAUAUUAUUACCUCAAAUUAAAAUCCCUUGGACCCUUGCCCAUCUCUCUCUCUCUCUUCCAUAGAUGACUAAACUUAUUCUACUACUCACUUGUCUCUCACUCCCAUGGCUUCUCAUCAACAUUUCUAGAGCCUCUGCUUCAAUUUCAGAGACUCCUAAGCAUUAUGUUGUUUAUAUGGGAGCUUCAGAUCCAAAAUUGAAUGAAAAUGAAGGAAAUGAUCAAGUUUCUGAAUCUGCUUAUCUACAAUUAUUGUCCUCCAUUAUUAAUCCAAGCCAAGAAAGUGAAAGUGAAAGAGAGAGAAUAUCAAUUGUCCACAAUUACAAUCAUGCUAUCAGAGGAUUCUCUGCCAUGCUUACAGAGAGUGAAGCUUCUGUUUUAUCUGGUGAUAGUGAAGUUGUAUCGGUAUUCCCUGACACAAUGCUUCAACUCCACACAACACGAUCGUGGGAUUUCUUGGAAGGCAAAGCCGCUAGGCAAUCAACAUGGGCUUCACAUAAACAUUUGUCCGAUGACGUCAUCGUUGGACUUAUUGACACAGGAAUAUGGCCGGAGUCUCCAAGUUUCAAGGAUGAAGGAGUUGGACCAGUUCCUUCAAGAUGGAAAGGAAUUUGUAUGGAGGGAUUUGACUUCAAGAAAUCCCAUUGUAAUAGGAAAUUGAUAGGUGCAAGAUACUACAACACAACACUACUAUCAAAAUCAUACCUAAUUAACAAGAGCCAUUAUGGUAAAGCCAAAAACUCUCCAAGGGAUACUAUUGGACAUGGGACACACACAACAUCCAUUGCAGCAGGAGCAAGAGUUGCCAAUGCCAGUUACUACGGUUUAGCCAAAGGCGUGGCGAGAGGCGGCUCUCCUUCCACUAGGAUAGCAAGCUACAAGACAUGCUCGGCCGAGGGAUGCUCUGGUGCCACCAUCUUAAAGGCCAUAGAUGAUGCCAUUAAGGAUGGAGUUGAUAUGAUCUCAAUCUCCAUUGGGAUGGGUUCACUCUUUCAAUCUGAUUACCUUAAUGACCCAAUAGCCAUUGGUGCUUUUCAUGCUGAACAGAUGGGAGUCAUGGUCAUUUGCUCUGCUGGGAAUGAUGGGCCUGAUCCUUAUACUGCUGUUAAUACUGCCCCAUGGAUCUUUACUGUUGCAGCUUCUAGUAUUGAUAGAGAUUUCCAGUCCACAGUCAUUCUGGGAAAUGGACAAUCUUUUAAAGGAUCUAGCAUAAAUUUAUCAAACCACUCGCGCUCGAAUGUGUAUCCAGUUGUGUUUGGGAAGGAUGUGGCUGCAAAAUUUACCCCUGCAUCUGAAGCAAGUAACUGCUACCCGGGAUCAUUGGAUGCUAAAAAGGUUGUAGGCAAGAUUGUUGUUUGUGUAAAUGAUGAUCCUACAGUUUCAAGGAAAAUCAGGAAACUAGUUGUAGAAGAUGCCAAAGCAGAAGGAAUGAUUUUAAUCGAUGAUGGUGAGAAAGGAGUACCUUUUGACUCUGGCAUUUUCUCCUUCCUACAAGUUGACAAUGAUGUUGGCUCACAUAUCCUAAAAUAUAUCAAUUCUACCAAGAAACCAACAGGAGCAAUUAUUCCUACUGUUGAAGUUCUAAGACAAAGGCCAGCACCAAUUGUUGCAUUUUUUUCAUCAAGGGGUCCUGGACAGAUCACAGAAAACAUUCUCAAGCCAGAUAUAAUGGCUCCAGGAGUGGCCAUUUUAGCUGCUAUGAUACCCCAAAGUGAUGAACCAGGGGCAGUCCCAACAGGCUUAAAACCUUCCGAUUUUGCUUUGAAAUCUGGAACAUCAAUGGCUUGCCCACAUGUUACAGGAGCAGCUGCUUUCAUCAAAUCAGUUCGACCGAAAUGGACGUCUUCCAUGAUCAGAUCAGCACUCAUGACAACAGCAAGUGAAUACAACAACAUGGGAAAACCAUUGACAAACAACUCAAACUCCAUAGCGAGUCCACACGAAACAGGUGUAGGAGAAAUCAACCCAAUGAAAGCUCUUAACCCAGGGCUAGUGUUUGAAACAACACUAGAAGACUAUCUGCAAUUCCUUUGCUAUUAUGGCUAUACAGAGAAGAACAUAAGAUCCAUGUCAAACACAAAGUUCACUUGUCCAAAACUCUCCAUCGAAGAACUCAUCUCCAACAUCAACUAUCCAUCAAUUUCUAUCAGCCAACUCAAUAGACACCAUGGUGCUAAGGUCAUCAAAAGAAGUGUAACCAAUGUUGGACCCUUCAAUUCUACCUACAUUGCCAAGGUUCACUCUCCACAAGGCUUGGUGGUCAAAGUUAGUCCAGAGAAGUUAUUUUUCUCUAAGGGUGUGAAAAGUGUUCCUUUUCGGGUUUCAUUUUCUGGCAAAGAUGCUCAGAGUGGCUACAAUUUUGGAUCGAUUACUUGGUUUGAUGGUCGUCGUUCAGUUCGUGUUGUAUUUAGUGUGAAUGUUGAGUGAGUGAAUAUUUCAAAUUAGUGUUGUGUUUAUUAUAUGCAAACACUUGAGUCCAACAAAAACCACAAAUAUAUAGAUAUAAAGAAAUCAUUUAUAGUAUACCGUCCAAUGAUAGCUUUACAUUAUACUAUGUAUUGUUUUUGUAAUCAAGUUGAGUUUCAAAGGCGUCCAAGGAUUUCUUUUGCAGUGAUUUAUUAACCAACAAA